GGGUCGUCGCCUAGACGCGCAAAUGGCGGCGCGCUCCAGAAGCUGGGGUAGCGACGGCCACUGGAAGCGGCUCGCCUUCAAGAACCUGUCCAUCUUCCGGGACCGGGGCGAAGACGAGGAGGAGUGCGGUGGCUGCGUUCGCCUCUCGCUGCCGGACGUGCACAUGGACGACGCCGGCGGCGGAGACGGGCCUUCCGCCAGGCUCCGGCGCUCGCCGCUGGUGGCCCGCGCCAAGUCGGUGGACGCCCGCGCCAUGCCGCUGCUCGUCCACCGGCUCUCCAUAUCGGCCGAGCGGCGCACCCCGUCGCCCGAGACGCUGCCCGAGCCGACGUCGCCUCGGCCGCGCUCCCUCUCGCCUCUACUCUCGCCCGCGCCCCACGCCCAGGACCCGGCCAGUCCCAUCGGCGGCAUCCAGCCGGACCUGUACCGCAAGAAGGAGGCGGUGUUCUUCCAGUCUCGCGACGUCUCGUCCCACUCCGCUUCAGCCACCUUGGCCGCCCCGACACACGCCGGAAGGCUCCACUUCCGGCUCAAGUACGACUUCGACAAGUCCGACCUCGUCGUGCACGUCAUCGAAGCCAUGGAACUGGGUGGGCCCCGGAUGGACCAGCAGGGAGGCGGCGGGGGCUUCGGCGAGCCGUGCGUGCGAGUGGCGCUGCUGCCCGAGGUGGACAGCAAGCAGCGGCAGGCGCUGAUGCGGCGCCGCUCUACGGACCCACUCUUCGACGAGACCUUCAAGUUCCCCGUCUCGUUCGACGACGUUCCCGCCAGGACGCUGCUCUUCCAGGUGUUCGACUACGACCGAUUCUCGAGAAACGACGUGACGGGAGAAGUUCGAGUACCCCUGGCCGACGUCGACGUCACGACUGAGACCGAGGUGUGGUGCGACAUCGAGAAGACCGAAAAGGCGAAGCGCGACUGGCCAGAGCUGCUGCUGUCUCUGAGCUACCUGCCUUCAGCGGGGAGACUCACAGUGGUGGUGCUCAAGGCGGCCAACCUGGUGCCCGACUCCAAGGACAAACCUGACACGUACGUCAAGGUGAGCCUGAGCUGCGGCGAACGCAAGCCCAAGAAGCGCAAGACGAGCGUGAAGAAAGGCACCGCCCAGCCGGCCUGGAACGAGGCGCUGAGCUUCGACGUCUCCGAGGAGCAGCUGUCGCGCGCCCAGCUGUGCGUGCACGUGUGGCGACACGGCUCGUCGGGCGUCUCGUGCUCCACCUCGCUGGGCGGCUUCCAGCUCGGACCCGGCGGCGCUGACGUCACCGAAGAAGGCCAGCGACACUGGAAGGACAUGCUGGCCAACCCUCGCCGGGCCGUGGCCCGCUGGCACGCGCUCCAGCCGAAUCCGUAGCCGCUGCCGUAGCGGCCGUGCGGGCGCGGAGCUCACUGGUCGGUGGGAGAGAACCGGCGGCGCUACUGCCGUCGUUGUGACACGAGUCGUGGGUCUUCUGUAUUGUCAACAUGGUUUCUAAAGAGCUGAUGGAAAAUGCGAGCCACCAUAAGUGGCAGGAGUCUUGAGCUCCCGAGGGACUCUCGGAAAAUGAGUUUCUGAAAGCUGGCUCGGUCAGAUGGGUCCCACGUUGAGACGCGUUUGUGCGUCUAACUGCAAAGUGAAGACAUUACCUUCUACUGAGCGUUAGACAAAGUGGAUGUCAGAGAAUUAUCUGGCAUCGUUUCGCUGCUCGAAGGUGCAUUCGACGAACCGCUACAGGCAGAAGGAAUGACGCCAAUGGUUUCGGCGUGUGUUUCUUGAUCUCCUUUUUUAUCUCUGCAAAUCCACGAUCUCAGACUCGUUACUGGAAUCCCUAGUUCUAAAAACCAUCCUCGCGAACGUGCUUCACUUUUUUUUCUGUAACCGCACUUUCUGCACACAAAGUUUUCCUCCGAAGAGAGCGUGCUGAUGGGUAGCUGCUUUCGCGUGAAUAGAGGGGCUGCAUUUCUGUGGAGGUCAUACCAGGCGGAAGGCAUCCUCGUGAUUUCAAACGUGCAGUAUGCCUUCAGUGAACACAAAAGCGUGCGAACAAAUGCACAGACAGAAAUGGAGGAGAAAAAAAGGAACGCUUGGGGCGUUCAUGGUAACUCGUCGCCACACUGCAGAGGCCUGGCUUCAUCUUCGGCCAGGAUUUGUCAUUUGGUGUGGUAGGCUGCCAGAAAUUGGUCUCGACUGCCCCCACAGGGCCGAGAUAAUGUUGAAGUACAAACAGCUCGAUAGCUUUUCUCUCGCUGCUAAGAAACGCGUCGCGCAUGAUUAGCGAGGAAUACAGUUCCGUGUUGCAGGCCGUAACAGCAGCAACACUUACUCUGGCUGCACCCGGUGCUUGCUGCUAAUAGCUGCCAUUUGGAUUCGUUUUCAAGAAAUGAGCAGUUUACUCUAUCACUCAAAUGCAAGUUUGUCCUUGUUCAGUCAUUCCCUAUUUUCCGAGGAUGGGCCCACUGAGGACGACCAGUUCUCAAAACGGAAGUGUGCUUGUUACAGCUGACAGAAUUCGCAAUAGCGUUGAGAGAUCUAGAAUGUGCCGGUAUAUUGUGUCUGAAACACUUCUGCCAUCUCCUGUACUAGUUUAUGCUGAUUACAUCGCUGCUUGGUUUGAAAAACCCUGCAUACUUAAGAAGAAAAAGAAGCUGCGGGCAUUGGCAAUUUAUAUUAGGGCAUGAUACAUGCAACGUAAGUCGUCCUUUGGAAAAAGAAAGAAAAGUUUUGCUCCGGAGUACACUAAGUUCAUUUCUAGCGUUGCCAAAAACACUUUUAAAAUUUCGCAGCGUACUCUCACAAUGACGCCCGCGGAUCUACACGUUCUAUUUCUUCUUGUGAAAUAACUUGCAGUUGGUACAGGGCGAGGGUUAUUCCUGGUAAAAAUGGUGAUGUAAAAAGUACGCUUGCUUUACAUCGAGAACAGCCACAAAAAAGACAGUACAGUAUGCUACGAGCGACACAGCCCUUGAUAUAGUGAAGAAGCAGCGCAAAUAAAAUAAAAUAACUAGAACAAAGAAAAGAACACCCACGAUAGAAGCGAUGAUUAGUCAAUAGAUUAUAAAUGUAGAUGGCUUCCAGACUAAGCGAAAGAUUAAUCGAUAAAUCUAGGAACACUGUUGUUGCGCAGUACGCGAUUACCUAUUUCCGCGAAUUCUAUCAUUACUACCAAAAAUGUACCUCGAAAGCGCCAGUCACCUUAUCUUAAAUUUGAGAGCACAGCUGUUCGUCAUGGUGUCUGCCAGGCAAGCAAUAUAAAUCUACAUGGCAAAGAAGCGCACAGAGCGCUGAUUAGGUAGGUUUUAUUCAUUUCGAUAGAGUCCCACCUGGCUUCUAUCCUCCUUCGUUUUUUUUAUUUUUUUGCUGCGUCACCAAAGUCAGGGCCUUUGGCAGGUGCACCAUCUGCAGCUGUUUGAAAUAGCAGUACAAGUGCUAGCGACAAUUUCACUGCAGCUCUACAGCAUUUCCUAGCGUUAUGUUCAGUAGGUCUUCAGACGAAUGAUUUGUGAAACCUGCGAAACAUGUGGCAGCACCCAUGUCGAAGCGCAACGCUCCCUCAUGAGCUCUGUAUUCACGCAAACAGAUGCAUUCGCACACGAGAACCAUGGCAGGUGUAAGAUGCGGUCGGAAGUUUUUUGGUAAGAGCAUUCUGCGGCUGAUUGCGGGCCUUGCAGUGUGAAACUUGAAGAAUCGGGGCUUUCAACGAAUGGCACCUACGAUUGGUAUUGAAACGGACGAUAAUGAUAUUAAUUUAACACGACGUAGUGAACACUGCAGGCAAAAAUGAAUAGUUUGCAGCGCACUACUCCUGAUGUACAUGCGCAGAGUGAGGAAUCCUAAUUGCAUUCGAGAUUAAGACGGCUACAGCUGGGUGCGACAGUUUUGGGCAAACUAAUGUGUGGUAGCUUCGUGCCAAAACCGCACUUCCGCGGCGUUCCUGCGGGUGCAUGAGAUCAUAGAGACUGCAGUUAAGGACCACGUCUUGCGUGGAACAGGGUGACACUGAAGGAAAACAGAAGCAAGUCGUAGAUCAUUUCCUCGCGGAAAUAGGCGCCGCAGGAUACGUAAACUUCCGUAAGGAAAUGGUACCGAAGAGCCGAAACGCAUUUUCAAUCGCCCGCGCAAUUGGCGAAAGACGGAUUAGAACGUAGCACGGUCAUCCUUGAAGGUAAAGUCACGCAAAGCCUACGACAAGACUACUCAGAGGUGCAGAGGGCAACGUGAUGGCAGUGCACUAUCGCAGUGACGAGGCCGUGUGGACGACGCCAGGAGCUCUCAAGUGGCUGAUCUCUUCGCUUUGCUGUCAACAGAUUAGCAUUCGUCACCUGCGAGAAACGAAGAGCAGGAACCUGCGAGGGCCCAUGUUUGUUUUUUCGGGCUCUACUAGCCUCUCUAACUGCCUGACUGCACUGUCACCGCGUUGUCUGUCAUAUUUUUAUCCAUAGUAUAUAACAACCAUAUUAUCAAAACCUACAUGCAUUUGGUGAAUUCUUGUAGUAUUUUUCAGAUGAACCGGACAGGGAAGAUCUGGGAAAACUUGAACUGAGGCUUAUGACUACACUUCGCCCGUUCAAUUCCGGCAAAACUACGGGAAAUACGCGUGCUACUUGGGUCUUAUACCCAUUUAUCGACGUCCCUUCCGUGGAUCUUCACCGCUUGGUGGAACGGGUCUUCUAAACUAGAGUUGGUUAUAUUUAUUUCGAGAAAAAAUAAUGUAUUCGAGCAGGAUGGCCGAUAGGUACGGUCUCAAGAGUGUGAUCUAAAUGCGAGUCCAAAAAGUACCGCAUGCAGGUGUAAAGCUUACAUCACAUCCGCAGACUUGCACCAUUUGGGCCCCAGUAUUCCUUCAGGUCUCGGUGGUUGGUUAUGUCGAUAGUAGGUCGAUGGUUAUGGCCGUCGCACGAAGAUUCUUCGCUGCAUUCUUUAAACACGGUUAUACUAGGUGUGGCUAUGCGACAUGUACGGCCAGUGAAGUGACGCUACUUUGUACUGUUUUAGGCUUGGGCCAUGGGUUGAAGCACCCCGGCACGUGUGAAGGUCACGAACAAGGUGUUCAGCCACGUUUUCAGCCAUUUGUGAUGCCCGCUUUGGGGCGGGAGUGAGUUGUUGACGCUUGAAGUUUCAGUUCCGCAUGUGGUUCUGUGUUAUGGAGGAAUCGAAGUCGAAUUCCACAGUGGUUAAAUAUUUACAAAAAAAAGAACAAACAUUUGUGUAAAGAAUAAGGCCUUAAAACAGUGUUCUGCAGUCGUUUGCACCUCAAGGCAUGUAAACUAGUCCAUUUUAGAGGUUGUUGGCUUUCUUUCGGCCUGCGCACCGAGAGAUGACUUGAACUUUGUUACUUAAGGCACUUAGCCGAAACAGCAGAAAGUGCUGUCUUCUCGUUUUCUUCCCGCCUCCCGUCCAAGAAAGCCAAUGAGAGUCAAGUUUUGAUGCAUUUUAGAUUUUGUGCAUCAGUGAGAGUAAAAUACGUCGCUUGCUUUAGAGGGACGCUUAAGGAAAAGGUUUUUGAGAAACUUCGUGGUAACCAACGAGGAUGGGCUGUAAAUGAUGCUGUGUUUAGUGGUGUAAGCAUGCCGAACUGAUGUGUGCGGUAUGCAUUAACGGGCGUUCUUGCUUUUUGCGCGCACGUUGAGAGUUAUCUCGCCCGGGCGGCGUUGCUGGUGGUGGCAUUUGCAUUGUUCGAUUACAUCAGGGUGCGCAGUUGUCCCCCGUGUCUUGAGAGCAUUGUUAAUUCAUGGAUAAGUACUUAAACACGUUAAAUUCGACAGUUAGAUCUGUGAUGCGCGUUUCAAGAAAACGUACGUGGUUUUACGCACAAGGACGAACCGAGAUGUCAGGGCAGCCGGCCUCAGAGACACGCAUUUCUGUUUGUCCUGCCAUGUGCUAUCGUUUGUGGGCGCGGGACCACAAAAGUGGAGAUGAGGAGAUUGCUAAAUUGGGUGCAUUUAUUACGCUGCAGCUUGGUCCGAAUUGUAACUUAACGUGCGCUGAUAGUCUAGAGCGAACCUUACAGAAAAAAGCACCUUCGCUUACCUCGUGUGAUGUGGACGGGUGAAAUUCAAAAGCAGCUUAAAUUACUUGUGUAAAAAAAAAAGGGUCUAUCCUAAACGGAGUGAGGGUCGUCAGAGUGCAAGUUUUCGUCAGAAAGAGUUUAGUCAGGAACGCUACCUGAUCACUGCGGCACGACGUACAGAAGUACGAGGACAAACGAGGCGACGAUGACCAUGUUAGCAUCUUCUUUCUGGUGGUUCUAUGCCUUGUAUUGAAAGAAACUGAAAGAAAAUGAAAUAACAGUUUGUUCUGAAGAUGCAUGAAAUACGGGGCACAACAUCGCAACCUUGGUGACAAAGUAUACGACCUCGCUUGGAGAUGCUUCCUUUUGUUUAUCUGCAAGGCGCACGUGUUUUUGUUUGUUUUUUUUUUGCCACCCUGUGAUGUCACCCGCCGAGAACUCUGUUGUCAGCCAUGAAGAACAGCGAUAGCGUGCUGGAAGUUGUCGAGUAAUCAGGGUCCCACUUCCUUUUACCACAGGGUGUGAUGACAUUUCAUUUCAGCCAUCCAGUUGCUCAUUUGCUAUGUAUGGCUGCAGGCUGCACUGGGGAGAGUGCUGUGUUCUGGAGCGCUUAUACGCGAUUGGUCACAGCCACGGAACGUGCCACAGAACACUAAAUUCUGCCAAACUCUAAAGGAUGUAAGCGGUGUCGUGCAAGGCGAACACAGAUGAAAACGAAAACUGCAAACUCUGGUUGCCUGAAAGAUCAGUCUGUAGCAUUAUCGUGAAAGUACGUGUGAUGAUGGAUUGUAGCAGAGUUUUAACCACGUGCUCAAGAGACACUGCUACAGAAGAGCCUUGCACAUUGCGCACGUGAUCUUUCUUGAGCCCAUAAAGUAUUUCAGCAUGGGUGACUUGAGCAGACAUUCAAGACUUAUGGCCUGGGAAAGAUACUGCGUAAAUAAAAAAAAAGAAAAUGUGUAUCUGAAAUGUGUAUCUGAAGAAGGAAAGAGGGGUACUUUGAAGGCUCCACAAAAUAAAGGGCUAUGAUGAAUACCUCGAUGAGCUUUACAGGCGCACUAGAAAAUUGCACCAUAUUGCUUAAAUAUUUCAUCUUAACCUACCAUUGCAGUUAUGGCACAUAAUGGUGUGAGCUUGAUCCCGCAGAAAAUUUAGAGUAUUUCCUUACUGCUCGCCUUUAGGCACGGACACCAAUUCCCCCUGAAGCAAUGUAUAUUUUUGUACAAAAGAUUUACAUGGGCAACUUGGCUCACGACCUUGGUAUAGUUAGUGCUAGUGCAAUGUUCAGCACUUGUUAGUCAUUUAGCGACUACGAAUACGUAUUGUAUAAGAAGCUUUGUCAGUGCAGCACUAAUGUGUAAUUGGUUUUUUAGUUCGAGUCAGCACAACAAAAGAACUAAAUAGGCAGAGGCGACACGCACUGAGCGACCAAGAAAGGCUUCCUGCCAAUCGAAGUGGUGCUAAUUUCAGCCAAUGUAGGAGGUGCAUCACCCAGAUGAAACCGUUCAUGACACCUCUUUCGGCGAGUGCGUGUGUUGCCACGACCUCUCGCUAAUCUUGAGGGUGCAAUCCUUCGGGUCUUUGACUUCUAUGUAAUGCCUUCUUUGUUCCAAGUCACCUAAACACGGGUGUUCUUCGAAAUUUGCGGCCAUUCUUACCUCUGUUGGUAUCUACACUUCAAGGACUUCAUGGUCCUCGCACUUUCCGUGGCCGUGGGCUGAUUGCGCGUAGGCGCUCCCCAAAAUCCCAAAAGUCGCGGAGGGCGGUCCCAACACGGCCGCCGCGCGCUAAGUUGUCGGUGCCCUGCUCGUGUGUCGUGUCCUCCUCCUGUCCCCGGGGACGCCUCCUUGUGAUACGCGCGCCUCCCACCGCGCAACUUUUUUUCGCGGUCCACGCUCUAGUUUUUUUUCUCUGGUGUCCCAACGCAUACAUAUCAGAAACAUAUGUACAGUGUCAAAGUUUUUCCGAGUGUUUUUAUGCAAAAGCGCUGCUGCUACUGCUGCCGUUGUGCGUCUCUCGUUGAGUGUUUGCCUCUUGUGUCCGCAUGGGGGUGGCCCGGAGCGCUGCGCUCGCCUUCAACCGUCCCCGAACAGCGAUGAACCUGUAAACGUAGGUUGUGGUUAUGUGAAAGAUAAGCAGAUUAUGUCUGGUGACCAUGGUGGUAACCAGAAGAACGAAUUAUAAUAUAGAAGAAAGCUGUAUAAUUGAAGCUAGAACUGGUGGCUGGAGGUUGGUUCGCUUUAUGUUUACAAGCUGCACUAUGGUGUUUAGAAGCGCGAAUGCGGAUUCAUCGCAAGACAAGAAACAGUACAAGAGAUUUACGUUAACGUUUGUGUACUUUUUUUGCAUACAUGUGAUAAUUACAUACCAGUGAGUCUGCCCCGCAAGGCAACGUUUGAAAACUGCGGCCGCACAGACCCUGAUGACUCGCCCUUGAAAGUUUAACACUUAAUUGUGAACUUAAUAGACAUAUGUCUCUAGGCAGUAGUAGCAGUGAGCAGGUAUGACACAGAUUGACUCCCAUGUCAUAGAUGCUUAUUGUGUGGAAGUCAGCUAAGGAAUAAUUCGUUCUAAGUGCGUCGCCACACGUGCGAUGCUGAAGUGCGUCAUAUGUGCACCUACACAGUUACCGCGUGUGCCGAAGCAAAAUGAGUGUCAGUGAGUUUAGUCGAUAUAUAUUUUUGUAAUUUAAAUAUUAGGGGCUCACCAUCCUCACGAAGUCAGAGACAUGGCCGAAAUAUUGAACAUUGAACGCGCCUUCCUCAUUAAGUGGUGACUGUAGCACGCAACAGUUUUAGAGGUGAGAAUAGCUAACUUGCCAAUAGUAGAGUUAUAGCUAAUUUCUGUGAUGCGUAAAAGUCUCAUUACAAAGAAAGGCAAAAUGUUAACCUGCAGACUCGCAAGAAGUUGCUUAGUCUUGAAAGGGAAGUUUCUAGGUAAUCUUACUAGGGGUGGUAGUUAUUACGCGAUCUACACUGUUAAAAAAUGUAACAAUGAUUGGAAGGACAACUUUAUUACUUAGAACCACCGCCUAUAAUUUCCUUGAUUACAGGUCAUGUCAUUAGAGGUGCAAGCAUGCCUUCAUCACUUUAAUCUAUUUCGUCAUAUCUACCGUGGCUUUGUUUGUAAGCAAUCCUCUGCUUGGGGAAUGGUUGAAGGCGGGAAGCUGUAUCCGGCCUUGAGUGGCGGAAAGGACUAUUCUGGGUGCCGCGUCGGGUUUUCAUAGUUAGGCGAACCUCUUGUUUCUAAACGUGCCCGCUCUAGUAAAACAAAGUUAGGGUGCCAUGUGCCACUAAAGUUGUUACUGGACUGUUGGUUCGGGCUGUCAGUGUUAUCGCUUAAUGAAAGCGCAAUUCGCUUUGGUCCACUUCACUAGACGUAGGCUUUCUAUCACAUAGAAGGGUGCUUGGCAAACGACGCCGGCGUCGAAUAACGUCGACUUGAGAUUUCUACAGAAAUAAUGCUAUUAUCGUAUCGAUACACUAGGUGCUUCUCCCAAAUUUACUGCCGAAAUUUUGUGCUAUGCGAGCCUGUCUCGAAAACAGCAGUCCGGCCUGCUUGAAGUGGUUACCCAUAUUUAAGCUCGUGAAACAGAGCAAAGUGAAAGCUAAAGCACUAGCUGGCGAGAAUAUGCUGGCUUCGUCACGCUUCUGCAUGGCUACAUGGACGGCACGUGUACGAUGCAUUACAUCUGUUAUUCCUGGCGUUUUGGUUCUUAUGAACGGUUCGCGCGGGUACUAGUGAUAUAGCGAAACCUCUCAGAAACCAUUAAAGUUACCUGCUUGACGUUUAUCUUAUACGCUUGACGUUUCUAGAAGUGGUCGAACAGCGAACAAUGUCAAAGACACACGGGUAUAUCAGCCUUUCGGCUGGCGGUUAGGCUGUCAAGUGAAAAGACGGUUCGAGUAGGACAGAUUUGCAGCGAAACUACGGCGCACAACGGCGUAAAACCUAAAGGAAAGGUAGUUAGUUAUACUACAUGUGGAAUUCGGUCGCUGCACCCUGAAGAGCUUUUUUCACCCAUGGCUGCCCCCAGCAAAGUGCUUUAGGUGCUGUUUGAGGCACGCGUUGCUCAGCCCGAUCCCCAUCUCUCCCUUCUCUGGAGUCCUCGUGGGGAAGAGCUGCUGCUGUACACGUUUGAAGAAAUAUAUAAUACGACCUGUUUCCGAAAA